AUAACCGAUCCGAAUCAAGGAUGGUAACACAAACCGAAAUAAUCCAAACCGGGAUUAUGAAAUAAAAAAACUCAGUUACCAAAUUGUUUCUGCGAAUUUCGUUUUGAAUUUGGGAAAAGAGAGAAAUGAGUUUCUUCACUGUUGCUUGCUCUGCGCCAAGAUCUUCCAUGCUUCUCACCGGCUUGAAUUCGAGCUUCUCCGUUGUGCAUCGCAGUCCACUAUCGGUAUUUCCGGCGACGAUAUCAUCCCGGAGCGUGAAACCUCCGGUAUGCCUCGCCGCUGUUUCGUCUGAUUCCGUACCCGAACCUGAAUCCAAAAAUCAAACUCGGUCUCGUCGCCAAAAGAAGGAAGUAGUCACACCAAGUGCUGAAACCGAGAACAAUGACAAGUUCCCGACAAAGGUCCGGCGUAAAUCGAAGCGCGGGCGACGAAGCGAAGCAGACGCUGUGGAAGACUACGUGAGAAGCUCCCUCGAGAAAACUUUCUCCACCAUAAGAGAACAGAAUCCGGAGGUUUUUGAGAACAAAGAGAAGGCGAAUUUCAUCAAAGACAGAGGCGUUGAUGAAGAGGGAGAAGAAGAAGGAGAGAUGGUGGUGGAAGAGGAAGAUCCAGAUUGGCCAGUAGAUACAGACGUUGGAUGGGGAAUCAAAGCUUCAGAGUAUUUCGAUACACAUCCAAUCAAAAACGUUGUUGGAGAAGAUGGGACUGAGAUUGAUUGGGAAGGUGAGAUUGAUGAUAGUUGGGUCAAGGAGAUCAAUUGUCUGGAGUGGGAAAGCUUCGCUUUUCAUCCUAGUCCACUCGUUGUCCUCGUAUUCGAGCGAUACAAAAGGGCUAGUGAUAACUGGAAGACAUUGAAGGAGCUUGAGAAAGCUAUCAAAGUUUAUUGGGAUGCAAAAGAUCGAUUACCUCCACGGGCGGUUAAGAUUGACCUGAACAUCGAGACAGAUUUGGCAUAUGCUCUUAAAGCUAAGGAAUGCCCACAGAUUCUCUUCUUACGCGGAAACCGGAUUCUGUAUAGGGAGAAAGACUUUCGCACAGCGGAUGAAUUGGUUCAUAUGAUUGCGCAUUUCUACUAUAAAGCGAAGAGACCUUCGUGGGUCGACAAGGCUAAUGUAACCCCGUACUGUUAGUGUGUAACAAGAACAGAGUAGUUUCACUCAAAAGGUCAGUCUAGGAAAAGAGUUUCAUAAACUUCAGACAUAUAGAUUCAUACAUUGUAACAUUUUUGUAUGUUCUAUGCAAUAUAAAGUUGUUCCCAAGUAAUGAAUUUUACUCGUCAAU